AUGUACUCAGUGGAAUUCCCCUUCCUGUCGCAAAAGGCGCUCGAGUUUGGCACCAUCCGCACGCUCGGCAUCCCUGGGAUCACAAAUCUGCUCUUCAAGACCAAGUACGGCCUCAAGGAUCCCCAGAAGCGCGCCGCCGAGACCAACAUUCUGGUGAGCGAGAUGAUCCAUCACCACGUCGACAGCGAUCGCGGCUCGUACGCAGUGAGGAGAUUGAAUGGAAUCCACAGCAAGUUCAGGAUCCCAAACGACCAAUUCGCAUACGUCCUCUCUCUCAACGUGAUCAGCCCCAUUGAUUUCUCCGAGAGGUUUGGAUUCCGCAAGUGGACCGACAACGAGAAGCAGGCCGCCUAUGUUGUGUGGCACGACGUGGGCGUGAGGAUGGGCAUCACAAACAUCCCGGACAGCAUCCCUGAGAUGCGACAAUACAUUCGCGACUACGAGGCCAAGAACGCCAUCUUCACGGACAAGAACAAGAGCAUCAUCCAGGAUCUCAAGCAUCUGGUGCUGGACGCGUUUCCUCGCCCCUUGCAGCCCCUGGUGGAACUGGGAUCUGCGCACUCAUCGAUCCCACAAUCAGGAGCGCAGUGGGAUUGGAAAAGCCGCCCGUGA